AUGCCUGAAACAACAAAUCAACAAGCUGUCAAGAAGAGAUCAUUAAGCAAUUACUUAUCCAAUGUCAAUUCUAGAAAGGAAGAACUAGAAAGAAUAGCUCAACAAGAGAAAAUAGCAAAGGAUGCUAUUAACGAAGAAGAAGAAACAGAAGAAAAAGGAGAAGAAAAGAUAAUUCCAUCUCAUGAAAGCAAUAACGACAAUGGCACAUCUCAAAAGAAUGAUACAAUUGAACCAAUUCACCAACUUCAAGAAAAAAUAAUUAAACCCAAGCAAGAUACGGAGAAAGAAAAAGAUUCUAUAAUAAAUCAAUCAAAUGAAGAAUUGAUUCCCAAGGAUAUGGGGCAUAAAGCUCUUCCCAUACAAGAUACCUUAAACGAUGCUAGUAAUGCAAAUGAAGACAUAGAGAUACCACUGAAUCAAAGGGAAUCGAGUAGGACAGAUAUUAAUGAACAUGAAUCGUUUUCGAGAGAAAAUCUUCAAGCUAUUCUGAAGGAACCUAAGAUAAGUCAAGAGAUUUUAGAACCGUUAAAGGAGGAGAGUAUAUUGGAUAAAAAUGAGGAAGCUACAGAUGACGAGUUGAUGGAUGAAGCUCCAACAGCUGAAAACUCACCACUGAAACCUAAAAGAGGGAGAUUGGUGAGAGGGGAUAGAAGAACACCGGAUUAUAAAAAUGAUAUAUUUGCAAAUGGAAACGAUUCUGAUUCUGCGUUAUCCGACAUCGAAGAAAGUGGAAGUUUUAACAUAACAAGUAGUGUACUCCAUAGUGAAGGUUCGCCUAUCAAAACAAAUGGAAAGCCUAGAGAGAAGUAUAAUAAAAUUGCUUCAAGUCCUCCAAAGAGAACAAAACCAUCACAUAUUGCUGUACCCAAGAUAUCUAAACAAAAGAAGAACGUAUAUAGAGAUUCCGGGGGUAGAAAUAGACUACAGAUUGCCUGUGAUAAAGGUAAAUACGAUGUUGCAAAAAGAUUAAUCGAAGAGGAAGGAUAUGAUGUUAAUGAUCAAGAUAAUGCAGGGAAUUCAGCCCUACACGAAGCCGCAUUAAAUGGCCACAUAAGUAUAGUCAAAUUACUAAUAGAUAAUGGUGCAAAUGUUAAUAUCCAGUCCUAUGAAAUGUUUCAAGAUACACCAUUAGUUGAUGCCUCAGCAAAUGGGCAUUUAGAUGUUGUACAACUUCUUCUGGAAAAUGGUGCAGAUCCAACAAUUACUAAUGCGAAGGGUAUCACAGCUUAUGAAUCGAUCGAAGAGGAUUCUGACCUAGAUGAACAGGAAAAGGAGAUCGUUAGAGAAAUAAAACAAUGUCUAAGAGCAGCCACGAGGAAGUGGAAACUUGAAAACCACGACAUAAAUUUGAAACACAGUGAUAAUGAAGGAACUACCGUCCAUCCAAAUAAUAAAAAAAGUAUCAAUUUAGAGAACAGAUCUUCUUCCUUAGAAGGAAAUAACGCAGAUUUUUCCAAAAUCAACACAGAGGAAGAAUUUUUCUGGACGGACUUAACUUCUAGAGAUGGUAAAGAGAAACUGUUUAAAUCUGCAAGAGAUGGUAAAUUAGCAUAUGUGGGUCAAUACUUAGAAAAUGGUGGUCGUGUGGAUUUCAAAUCGUUUUUGGAGGCUGUCAAAUUUGGUCAUGAAGAUAUCACCAGUUUAUUUCUAGCAUUUGGAGCACAAGUAAAUAAGUUAUCAAAGGAUGACAUGAGUCCCCUUAUGAUGGCGGUCGGUAGAGGACAUUUAGGUACAGUAAAAUUGCUAUUGGAAGCAGGUGCCAAAGUUACCGUUAAGAAUAAGAUGGGUAAAACGGCACUUUAUUAUGCUAAGAAUAGUAUGAUGGGGAUCAUUAAUGUUGAAGAAAUUGAAUUACUAAAAGAUGCCUUUAAAAAGGCAGGUACUCCAGUUGAUGAAGAAGAUGAGUCAUUGAAAGACAGGAAAAUUCAUAUUGAAUCACAAAAAGCGUCAAGUCCUAGCACGUUUGUUUCUAAGGAUGAUACUGAAAAUGUUAGUUAUAUCAAAGAUGCUACACAAAAGAGGAGAAAAAAAUCGUCUUCUGAGGAUGAUACCGAUGACAACGAAAAUGAAAAUGAAGAUUUAGAGGGAGACGAAGAGGAAGAUAUACUUUACGUCAAUCCAAGCAAAAAGAGAAGAGUCACAACAACUACUACUCCAUCUAAUUCCAUCCCUAAUGAUGACCCGAGCGAAGUACAUAACUCAAUUGUGGUCUCAAGUUCUGAUCAAAAUAAGCAUAUCGGUGCAGUUACACCAACUACUCUCACAGUUCCUGCUCUACCUAAGGUGCACGAAGAAACAGCUGCAGAGAAAGAACAGAGACUAAAGGCUGAAGAGGAAUAUAUUCAAAAGAGAUUAGAAAAUAAGAAAAGAAGAGAACAAGAAUUAUUGGAGAAGUUAGCACAAGAUGAACAGAAAAGAAUUGAAGAGAAAGAGAGACAAAAAAUCGAAGAGAGUAAACGAUUAGAGGAAGAAAAGAAGACUAAAUUACUAGUAAAACAGAAGCAGAAAUUAGAAGACGAUCUCAAUAAAAAGCGUAUGAUACGCUCAAUGUACCCAAUUGGACUAAGAUUAAUUGACUUAACAACAAUGGACAAUUAUAAGAACUUUUUGCCCUUGUAUUAUAUUUCUAAGGAUGAUGUGAUGUAUGUGUUGGAUUUGCAAGCGUAUGUUAUUUUGAAAGAUCUAGCGCUGUUGAAGCAUACAGAAUUUGAAGUGGAAAAUGAUCAUAAAGAACAGCUCUGGAACUUAUUAAAGUUUAUAUUCUUGAAUGGUGGUGACUCUAACAAUCUACAGGACAAUAAAUCCUCUCAAGUCAGAGUACUGUUUGAUGCUAAUGAUAUUCAAACUAGAGUUUCCAUUGAAGCAUCUGAGUAUACAAAAUUCGCUAGACUGCCGAUGCAUUGGAUUCCCUGGAAGAAUAUCCAAGUUGACGAUGCAGAGGUGUAUAAAACAAUAAGCUCCAACAUGAUAGAAAUUGAAUUGUUUGACAAUGAUACUGCUGACAUUGUCAAUAACAUUACUGACUUGCAUUACCCUAAAAGGAAGUUGUUAGAGACAGAAACCAAUUCCCUCCGACAAGCAAACCUACCUGUGAGACUACAACAUAGACAGGACGUUUCAAAUUUUCUGUCAGCGAGUCCACAAUCGAGCCGUCCAUACUGGUAA